AUGGAGAUUGAAUUGAAUGAUGAACUUCCUCAUUUUCUGAAUGUAAGAUUACCUAAUGGUGAAAUUUUUAAACCAUUGAUGUGGAGUAUGACUCGAUUCCUGCAAAUGUACAACUUGCAAGGCUACGCCGCUACAGAGUGGCAAAUUUAUGGGCCAGCUAAAAUGAACACCGUGCGCCGUGCGCACAUGCCGAACAUGCCCACAUACAUGGUGCAUGAAACCCGAAAUCGAACCGAGGGGCAGAGAGCUUCGAAGUCUCCAUCCAUGGCGGAGAACCUGGCGGACGACGACGACGACGACGAGGGCUUUGGAGACUUCAAGUUCAUUCCCUACCCGAGCGUCUCCGCCCCUUCAAAUCAGAUCAACGGUCUAGACGAGGAGGAGGAGGACGACGACUGGGGCGAUUUCAUCGACAAUUCCUCACCGUAUGGAAAUUCCAACGAAAACCCAGUUCGAUUCGAUCUCUUCAGUGGAAUUUCCAACCCCCAAUCGCCUCCUAACUCCUCCAAAGCCUCCGGAGAUUUCGAUCCUUUUGGAGGUUUCUCUGCAAAGCAGUUUGAUUUGGCGCCGAAUCAGGUCGAAUCGAGGAAGACUCAGUGGGUGAAGCCUCAGGGAGCGUUGCCGCUGUCGAUUUUUGGGGAUGUCGAGGAUGAUGAUGAGGGGGAAUCUGGUGGUAACGAUCCUGUAAGUGGUAACGGAACGAACUUGUUUGCUCACAAAGGUGCUGAUUCUGUUCAAAAUGAGCCGAAAAUGAAUGUGGGUGUUGCGAUUAAUGAUGUCAUCUCAAGUUUGUACGAUCAGACUAAGAAGAUCGAGGCUGCAAAUGCGACUAAUUCGAAUUUAAAUGAACCAAAAUCUAAUUCUAAUUCUAAUGGGUUGCUUUUGAAUUUGAAUGGGCCGAAUUCGAGUCCAAACGAGUCGAAUUUGAAUGUUUCUAGGUUGGAUUGGACAUUUAAUGGGUCAAAUAUGGAAUUUGUCGAUGGAAAUGAGGAUUCUGAGGAAGAUGAUGGGUGGGAAUUCAGGGGUGCAGACAUGGAAUCUGGUGGCAAAGAAGGGAAUUCUAAGGAACAAAGCGUUGCCGAAUUAUCAGGACUGAAAGCGGAAUCACCGACCAGAGAUCAGGAAAUCCAGAAAGGGCAGGAAAACUCUCUUGGAGUACUUCAUGCAUCUGGAUUUGGCAAUGGUGCACUUGGGUCUAGUGUUGCAUUUCCCUUGUCAAAUGGGUUUACUGAUAAAUCUAGUGAAUUUGACAUUUGGUCUGAUUUCAAGCCGGGUACUGCAGCUCAAAAUGGUUUUAUGUCAGAUACACAGAAUAUAAGCAUGCAAAAUUCAAUGCAAAAUGGAUUAGAAUCUUAUCCACUUGAGGAUGUUGAACCUGGUGAGGAUGAAUGGGAGUUCCAGGAUGCCUUCUCUGAAACUAGAUCGAAGCAUGAGGAAGAGCCAAAGAUUGCUGAUCUUUCUCAUGCUGGAGUUGAAGUACUAGCUCUUGAUGGAGAAACACUGGGGAAUGAGAAAAGCCCUGGAACUCACAAGGGAGCUCUGCCCAUCUCUAUUUUUGGUGAUGAGAUACUGGAUACUGAUGAUUCUUUGAAUCUUCAAGAUGCUUUCGUUUACAAACCCAGUUCCUACACAAAAAACAACAUUAACAGCCAAGGUUCAAAUAAACCUAUUAACGAUCUCAUAUCGAAUUUAUACACUCAAGCUGAGCCGAUUCGUUCUGCUGAUUCCACACAAAAUCCAGCUGAAAAUGGGUUAAAUUCCACUCAAAAAGCGUUGGCUUCUGAUACAGUGAACAGUGAUGAUGAUUUUUCCUGGGAAUUUAAAGAUGCACUUUCAGAAAACGGGGUUGAAGAUAUGAAUUCUGUCCCUAGUCUUGGGGAUACAAAUAAAAAAUCAUCUACCAGACUGGAGCUAAAUGAUUAUAUGGAUUUUUAUGUUAAGUUGAAGGAUGAAUUGUACUUUGUCACACUACGCCAUCUUGAAAGUUUGAAGAAUGCUAGAAAUAAUGCUGCUCUUUCUGGAGAAGAGGCCAAAGUAGCAGUUCUUGAUGAGGAAAUUCAGGAAGCCUACAAAGAAUUGCAACAGUGGCCUGCUCUUUCCGAAGAAGUCUCCUCAGAUAGUUCCCGACCAAAAGGCAGUGUUGCAAAUGAACUUCUUGAAAUUUUGAAUGAGCCAAAGUACCAUGACCUUGAGUCAGAAUAUCACUUAUCAAGAAGAUUGGCUGUAGCAGAGAAGGAUUUGAAACCAGCGAUUGAACUUUUAAAACAUGCUGCAACAAUGCUAAAAAUUGUGAGGGUGGGGUCACCGGAGGAACGAUCCAUUUACAUUUCCAUGUGGUCAAAGAUGAUAUCUGCUUGUGCUCAAGAGUUGAAGCAUGGUGCUUUGAUUUGGAAGCAGUCAUUAGAGAAGAAUGUGCAGAGUCAAAUGCUAUCUGAACCUCAAGGCCAGAAGUUUAUUCUUGCCCUUGGAGAAAUCUACAGAGUAGCUGAAGUAUUUCGAGCCUCAGUGAAACUUUUCAAGCCUUGGAUGCUGUUAGAUUUUGCAGAUUAUACAGAUAUUAUUGCUCUUGUGGAGGAAUGUUCUGCUGUAUGGUCAAGUUCGGGACUUGAAGAAGCUCUCCAAAGCAUGCCAGAUCCAAUUGGUUCUGUAUGCAAUGGAACCAUAAAGUCUUUAUUGGAGUCCAUCAAGUACAUCCAUGACCUUGAUGCCAUAUUUCUUCAAAGCCAUGUUUUUCCCCAAGAAGAUACUAUCUGUUGCAAACUGUCACUAUUAACUCUGGAAACUUUGCCAGGCAUGAAAAUGGUGACUUGGAAUGGAGAGCAGUACUUCCUCAAGAAUGCAAAUUUGUGGGCCAAUCUGGUAAGUUGUAAUCCGCCAAAUUUGCCACGUCUGAAUGUUAGUUUAUGAGAAGAAUAGUACAGAAUAGUGCUAAGGAAGAUUUUGAAGCUCAUCUUGUCCACAUCUGGCCAAGCUGUUGGAGUCGGCUGUUUUUCCUGCCUAUGAGGUUCUAGGUGUGCUUGAGAAAUGAAAUAUUUUACAUCAGUCUCCAUCUCACAUUCAAGUUUCUGUUGAUCUUUGACAUAAAUAGUGGCCGCUGGGAAUGUGGUGGGGUGCUUCCUCAAUACAGCAGCAAAAUUUGGGCUUGUCCAGUAAGUUGCGACCCGCCAAAGUUGCUACACAUACACGUUUAAAUUAUGAGAAAAAUAGUGUUGGGUUGGGGGAUUUUGUAGAAGCCCAUGUGGCCAAGACUGCCAAUCAGUUUCAGCUGUUUGUUCCCACGGAUGACGGUUUUAGGUUUGCUCAGCUUGAAGGAUUGCCCUCAGGUUGGAAAACUUGCAAUUCGACAUCUCAAGAUCGACAUCUCAAGAUCAAAAUGGCACGACAGGUGCUUGGUUUGAGCCUGCAACUCGCCCCAUUCAACAUUUCAUUAUUAUUUUAGCUGUCAUUCUUUAUUUGAAGUUGUUGAGCAGUAUUUGAAUGUCGAUUUUAUUAUUUAUUUGUGUAUGAUUUGUUGCUGGGUGUUCAUUAAGUACCCAUAGACAUAGGAUUAGAACUGGGAAACAAAAGAACAUUUCAUCUUGACUGGAUAUCCACAUGUAAGGGGUGAUUUUGUUCCAUUGUGUUUGCUUAUCUUCUUCACUGUAGACACGCUUGUGUUUUGUUUGAUGUAAAAUUGGAAUAUGAUCAUUACAAACAUUUGUUGCAAA